CACUCAUACACACAGCAGUAGGAGCAGCGAUGUGAGAGUGCGUGUAUGCGUGUGAGUGAGAGAGAGAGAGAGAGGAGUAGGAGAAAGAAGAAGAGAGAUAGAGAGAGAGAAAGAGAGAGAGAGGUCUCACUGGGAGGCGGCAACAGUCUCAUAAGCUGGGCCCGUCGGAAGGGAAGAGAGAGAUUCAGUCGUGUGGAGCUUGCCAGCACCUGCGGGAGUGUUACCCCGUGCCGCGAGCGGUGAGUGAGAGCGAAGAGGAAGAAGAAGAAGAAGAAGAGCUCAGUCACCCACACCCGCUCAUUGGUCGCUCAUUUAACGGGCGCAUCACAUCAGCAUACAUGCAGCCGCCUACGCCGUCUGGGCCUAUGACGUAACGGUGACGUAGCAGUGACGCAACCGUGGAGACCCCGCCCACUCUCUCUCCCUACUUCCUUCCUUCCUCCUUGCAGCGAGGCGGUCGGUCGGCCGCUCAUUAGCAUAAUGCCGCUGACGUCGUCGUCGCUGCCGCCGCAGCCACGGGCCGUGGUGCCCCCUGCCACCCCGCGUGCGGUCAGCGUGACAUGUUAAAUGGUCGUCGUGUUCUUCGGCAGCAGCAGCAGCAACAGCCGCACUCUCAUUGCCGCGUCGGCGGAAGUCCCGAUGGUUUUGAGAAAUUUGUGUUCAUCGGUCAUGAUCAUCAUGUUUCUCUAGAGAAGCAGAGAAACAUUAUUCAUUUUAUCAGAGAGAGAGAAAAAAAAUGGAUGUUUUUCGAAAUAAAAUUUGGCUGUUAUGUAAUAUGAUGCCGUUCUAAUAAGCAUGUGCUCAGGUAUUUUCGCCAUCUUGCAUUUGAGCGAAAAUAUUGAAGUUUAUGAAUGAAUAAAAAGUUGCCACGGAUAUUGUUUAUGUUGAUGAGGUCACGGAGUUCACUUAUUGCUCACGUUAAUAGAAAGCGUGUUGACAUUUGCAACCAGGACGCCUCAAAAAUAGUGAUAAAUUGAGUGACUUCGAAAGAGACAGUUUGAAAGUGUCCCGCUUUUCACCUCAUUUCGAAGGAACUGAUUAUUCCUCUGAUCAUUAUUCUUGUUUUUUAAUGACUUUCAAAUUAUACAGAUGAAUUUUGAAAAGACAUUUAUGAAGAACAAAUUCUACUUUUAGUAGAUCAAAAGACACCAAAGCGAAAUAUCGGAAGGAAAACUAAAACGGUUCGGGAGUCGUUAGAAAAAAGUUCGUUUGCAUUAAAAUAAAUUGAUAAAUACAAACGUGAUUUCAAAACAGUAUGACGAACUGUGGAACAUUUAAGAACUAUCACGUCGUUACAAUAGCCUUGUUUUAGAAGAAAGACAGAAGACAUUUGUAUAAAGAACUUACUCUCGCUCUUCAGCAGGUAUAUAGCUGCAAGGCUCGAUUUCGGCAUUUCACAAAAGGAAACGAGAAUUACCUUCGGCUUCCUUUCAGGCUUCUGAGGGGGAAGAAGCAGAAAGCGGUAAAGGUAAAUCUUAAGGAAACUCGUUAACCAGUUAGAAUUCAACACCUGCGAAGCGUCGUCUUAUCGCCUUAUCUUUUAUCACGGUCAAGAUGAGUGCUACUGAAGGGGUCAGCCGUGCCCUGGCUGGAACGCAGCAGCCCUUGAUGACACCACCCGCAGUCACGCCUCCUCGCCCAGGCCCUCCCUCACCGUCUUUCCCUUCGUCUCCUGCCUCGAAUUUUUCGGCCUUUUCCAGCCCCUUCAGCGUGACGAAUAUGAUUCCGAGUGGACGAGGGCUCACCAUAAGGACCACUCAUCACAGGGCACUGAUGAACUCACCAGCACCCAUGGACGUCAUGGAUCUAGGGCGGCCUCAGGACUUCCUCCCGGAAUGGAAUACUGAGAUCAAGUCCCUGGAAGUCAGCAAGGCAGAGAUGACGAAGGCAGAAGUUCACAGAGUGGAUGUAAGCGUCAGCGAUUUCAACAGAAUUGACGUCAACAGGAUGGAAAUCAACAGGCCAGAAGUAAGUAGAGCAGAUGUCAGCAGGAUUGAAGUCAACAGACCUGAAGUUAGCAGAGCUGACAUCAGUAGGAUGGACAUCAACAGGCCUGAAGUUAGCAGAGCUGAUAUCAACAGGGUAGAUAUAAGCAGGGCCGAUGUGAACAGAACUGAUAACACCAGCAGAUCGGAUAUCAGUAGAAAUGACAUCAACAGAGCUGAAAUAACUAGAGUUGAUAUGAACAGAGCAGACGCUAGCAGACCUGACGUCAGCAGGUUAGAUAUGAACAGAGGGGAAAUAAACAGAACAGCCGAGGCGAAGAGACCAGCAGCCGAAAUUGCCAGAUCAGAGACCAACAGAGUAGAAGCCAAUAGAACCGACCUCAGUAGGUUGGACAGUAGCCGCAUUGAAGUGAGCAUAGCUGACAUCAUGAAGCCUGAAGUCAGUAGGGUAGAUAUGAACAGGAUUGACCUCAGUAAAAUUGAAGUCAGCCGAGCUGAAGUGAACAGAACUGAUAACUUUAAAUCUGAUUUGACCAGAGACGAGAGUGAGAGCAGGACAGACAUAAGUAGGCCGGACAGCGUUAAGGCUGACAUCAGCAAGCUUGAUAUCAAUAAAACUGAGCAAGAGAAGCGAGACGAGAGCAGAAUGAGUCCCCUGGAUGAACCUCUUGGCAGUCUGCUGACAUCUCGCGAGGACUUCCGGAACUGCUUCGUAACUGACAACCACAAACUCCCCAUCAUUACAGAGUCGCCCAAGAGAAAUUCGUUUGGAAGUCUCCUAGAUUUUGGCACCAGCGAAAGGAGGAAUAACACCUGCAUUGACGGGCGUAUGAACGUCAGUGGGGGAGGAGGAGGUGGUGGGAGUGGAGGAGGGGGGACAGGAGGAGGGGGAGGCCAGUGGCACCGAGGGUUUGAGGGACUCUCGGCUGAGAGAUGUAGAGCCUGGGCUCGUUAUUUAGCUCACACAGUUUUAGCCCCUCCGCAGUCACCGCCCACAGAGAGGUCCACGCCCUUGGAACCGUUCCCUUUGAAAGAGAGGCCCAUCAUACCACCAACCGAUCAGGUUACAAUCACCCCAACGACCUCACCUGAAACACCUUCACCUAGUCCUCACUUCGAGGAUGGCAGCCCACGACCCAUGCAUCAUCCUCCGCUGUGGGCUAAGAGGCGUCCGUCGUUUGGCUCCGACGCCCACGUCCACAAAGUCCUGAGGAUGGACACGCCCCAUGGAAUGCCUCUCAUGAGGUUAAAUGACUUGGGGCUUGAUCUCAGCCUAAGACCUUUACAGGAUGCCUAUUCACAUCGAAUGCCCCUCAUGCACCCGCCAGGUGCGACUAAUGGCUCAGGAGCCAUCGGCAACCACAUGAUAGUUGACAAUGGACCGACUCCUCCGCCCCUUGAUCCGCUAAGGAAAAUGGACAGGGAGCGGAUGGGGUCCCCCACAACAAGAGGUACGGUUUCUGAAGCUCUUGCAGCCCUCUCUACGCGGUCAGAGGGGAGCAGCGUCAACGGAUGCGAGCGCGAGGAUGUGGUCAGCGACUGUGGAAGCGAAGGCAUCCACAACCAUACGCUGGAUGACUCCAUGGAUGGCACCCCACCCACGUCUUCUGAUAUCCCCAUCACUCGACCACGCACGCCCACGCCCGUAGCAUUGCAGUCCCAUGCCCAGAUGCCCUUACCUCCCACGGCUAGACACUUCCACCCUGUCAUAAAUCUCGCGCGGGAUCUCACCAGCCGCUCUAGUAACGGAGGCGGAGGGCGGUCGCCCAGGUCGCCAUCUCCCUCCUCGCCGCCCAUGUUACCGCCGAACACGUCGGCCGCCCUACCUUCUCCCUCACCCACGCCCGUUUCCAUCGCCCACACGCCCAUCAGCAGCGCCUCGUCGCCCACUUCAGCGCCGGCGGCGGCUCAUUCAGUGCAAGCUGCCCUGGCCGCCAUUCAGGCGGGCUCGCUCUCCCUCAACCAGCUCAUGGCGUUAGGCGCACAAGGUCCCGGACUGCUGAUGCAGAACCAGCUGGCUGCGGCAGCUGCAGCGGCUAACCAGCUGCCUGUGUCAUCACCUCUCCCCAGCUUGGGAUCCCUGAACCCGCAGGAACUACAGGCUUUGCAACAAACGUUGUCCCAGCAGCAGCAGCAUAUACAGCAACAGUUGCAACAGUUCAUGUUGUUCUCUCAGUCCGGGGCUGCUUCCCAACUGCCUCCUCAGGCCCAGCUCUUCCUUCAAAGUCAACAGUUGCAGUACCUGCAGAACCUCUUGCAGCAGGGGCUCCUUGCAUCCCCAGCUCUGGCCGGAAUGCAGGGCCUGCAGCCUCCUGUCUCGCAGGCGCCAACUCAGACCCCCCAGGUGCGGAAUGUGCAGCACGCAGUGGCACAGGCUGCACAGCAACUGCAGCAACUUCAGAAAGCCCAGCAGCAGCAUCAACAGCAGCAGCAACAGCAACAGCAGACAGUAAGAGAAAUGAGGGAAAUGAGGGAAAUACGGGACCUACGAGAUAUUAGAGAGAUGAGGGACGUCAGGGAUUUUAGAGAUAUACGCGAGCCUCCAUUGCGGCCUCCUCCGCUAGAGCCACCUCAUAUCUCGAGCUCUCCCUUAGCACCUCACUUACCAUUGCACGGCCAUCUUGCCCGGCCCCCCAUGGUACCUCGGUCCCCACCACCACCACCCCGCCACUGGGAGCCUCCUCCGGAGGAACCAACAGAUCUGGAAGAACUUGAGCAGUUCGCCAAAACCUUCAAGCAGAGACGUAUAAAACUGGGUUUUACUCAGGGGGAUGUGGGACUUGCAAUGGGAAAAUUGUAUGGGAAUGAUUUCUCUCAGACUACCAUUAGUCGAUUCGAGGCCCUCAACCUCUCCUUCAAGAAUAUGUGCAAACUGAAACCUUUACUGCAAAAGUGGUUAGAAGAUGCAGACAAAACAGUCAGUGAUCCGACAACACUCAGUAGUCCUCUUACUUCACCUGAUAACGUUGGCCGUCGUAGGAAGAAACGCACUUCCAUUGAAACCAGUGUGCGUGUGGCCCUGGAACGGGCAUUUCUUCAGAACCCCAAGCCAACCUCUGAAGAAAUCUCUUUACUUGCAGACCAACUGUCAAUGGAAAAAGAAGUUGUUAGGGUCUGGUUCUGUAAUAGCCUUGCUUUCAGACGCCAAAAGGAAAAGCGAAUAAAUCCUCCUACAAGCGGAAUGAUCAGCCCACCUCUGACUUUAAGUACGACCAAUGUGUUUUCUGGGCCUCCUAUUUCAUCUGCUCUCACUCUGACAAGUCUAGGAGCACCUCCUCUGUCUCCAGGAGGACCACUUCCUUCACCAUUAUCAUUAGUGACACAUAGUUAUCCUCCUGCUUCGCCCCCUGAAUCUGCAUCUACAAAGUCUGAGUAGCUAUCUGCCUGGGCUCACUGCCUAGGGAUGCUGGGAGAUGAAUUAUGGCCUGCAUUGCAGGCACAUCCUAGCACUGGCCCCUCACCAGUCUCUGUCCGCCCCUUUCGUGCAAUGACUGACCCUUUCAAAGGCAGUGACUGGUGGCAUUAUGGGGCACCUAGCAGUUGAAGCAAAGGCCCAUUAACAUUAACAGUUUUCCUAAUUAUAGUAUGAGGUCAGUGACAUAAGGUUGCUGCCUAAAUCUCUUAUGUCCCUGGUUGGGAUACUGUGUCAGUGUUGUUAGUGUUUUUGUUUGAUGUGUGGUUGGUAGCUUGGCUACCAUAGACUCGCCUGGGUCUAAAAAACACACAAUGCAAUGGCUACAAAAGCAACAGGCAUGAUGAACAUAUCAGUGUGGUGAGGAGGUGGACAUAGAGGACCAGAAUGCACCCACAUCUGAGUGAAAAAAGAAAGUUUACAAGUGCAGUUGUUUAUAUGAUAUAUAUAAAUGUAUUGAUAAAUAUAAAUGGUGCUUCUUUGACAUUGAACAUGACAAACAUUUAAGUGCCGAAAGGUGGUAGAUAUAGUUAAUAUUCAGUGUACAACAGUACUGACAGUUUAACAAGACCGAGUUGCCUCAACUGCAGAAAAUCCCGAAGCCUGCCACUAUGCUUGCUAACCUCACUCACACCAAGGAUUAUGGCUUAUAUACUUAUAUUCUAGAAUUUGCCAAAGUUGGAAAUUUUCGUGGGGGACAAUGCAACAUGUGGAACUGACUUGACUAAGCACCAGCUGUCAUGGCAAACAGGAAACUUGGCAAUAGUUUGUAAGAGGAAAUGGGGGAACAUUGGGAAAGUGUUUUUAUGUGUAGUGAGUAGAUAGAUGACUGACUUCUGUAUUAUCACUGAAACUGUCUAUGUGGCUUACUUUAUCUAUGAGUACUAGUGUGUUAUUAUAGUGACGUCUACUUAAAUGAUCUUGCCUGAUAAGAAAUUAAAAGUUCCUGCAAAUAAAAUGAAGUAUGUAAUUUUUAAGAUACUGGUACCUCAACCAAACAGUGGUAUUGGGAUGGUUGGAUGAUGUAGAGCUGGACAUAUCCAAGGUGCAUUUUUACUGUUGUAGCAUAGGUUUGCGUGGUCCCUCACUUUGUUCGACUGCUCCCUUGCGUGUUCUUUACUCCAAAGUUGUGAUUGUGGUAGCUGGGAUCUUGUUUCUGCAGGGUUCACCAUGUUAGCGUUAUAAGGGGCUUGAGGUUAUCAUCACUGGCCCUUUUAAAGACACCGUUUAAGAGUUACGUGACAAGGGCACUUUUGCCAGUUUCUUUCUCCUCUUCCAGUAGUCUGUGUUGGCCCAUAGCUGGAAUGGCAGAAGAAGAGAGAAUGUUCCUCGCCUUGUAAAUCAGUAGAGGAAGACCUCCAUCACUUCCUACCUCUUUAGAUAUGGUUGUCCUUUCAAAAAUGAGUUGAGAAAAAUCUUGCUGUAUUCGCAAUUUUCUUGCCAUAUAAAUUUCACUACUAUUUUGGUUUACCCUAUUUCAUGAACUGAGCGUUAAGUUUCAGAUUAGUGCAACUGUCUUCCAGGGGAAGAAUUAAUUAUGUUAUCAGGUGAUUUGUGGAGGACUGUGAGCCCUUCAUUGGCCUAAAAUAGCCAGGUUAUCUCUAAACGGUGCAUUUGUAAGUGAUAAAAGAUUAUUUUGUGUGACUUCCGUGUUGCUCUAGAGUAAGAAGUUGCUUAAAAAGCAAAUUAAGAUUUAUUCAUUGACAGAUCUAUUCUUGGCUGCGCUGUAGCUGCCAUUUCUGGUUUUGUCAUGAAAGUGGGUAGUUCCUAUUUCUUCCUUAAAGAAUGAAAAAUUAGUUCACAUUGCAGGAAUAUAUUAUAUCAGUCUGGGCUUGGGUCGGUGGGCAUUUAUGGCAUGAUGAUGUUUACAACUAUCAAAUGGCAUACAAGGGUUUCAAGAAAAUUCACCAGCUACCGGUAUUAUCCACUGGUGUUUCAAUUUGAAUUAUGUCUACGAAGCCAUGGAGCAUGCGAGCAAGUACAGUGGCCACUGAAAUUGGUUACAGAGUCCUUCCAGUCCUUUAUGAAAGAUGUAAGCAUUAUUCGAGCUUAUUUCCCCGAGAAUCCUGUCCAGGUACUGUAUUCCACAUGGAAAAGUCUUCACAAAAGUUUUAUACCCCAGAUCCUUUCCCUGAUCCUGCCAUUCCCUCCACUGACAUCAUCGUCAUUAUCAUCGUGUUUGGCCAUUCAAAGGCAACACCAAUCCCAUAUCAAGGAUGCCCCAUCCUGGCGUAGUCCUAUGCCACCUCCUUUUGCGCAGGUAGUGUGCGUGCAGGUGUGGAAAAUAGACCUUCAAGAUCCUUGAGGGUCGUUUCUCUUGUUGGUUCUGCAAAGGUCUCGGUGGGUUUCAAGCCCAUUUAAAUUAUAGUAGCAUUUUGCUGUAGCUUUGCCAAUACUGUAUUUUCCCCCUCUCAUGUUCCCUUAGUGUCAACAAACAUUCAGCCCCAGUCUUUGUCAGUGUUGGUUGUUUAAACAGUUAGAAGAACUGUAUAUUUUCCAGUCAAAGCAUACCUAAAAUAUUAAUGUGUGGUAACAAAAAAAGUGUAUACCUUUAAAUAUCUUCAAAGGUCAUGCCUUUGAGACAGUGAAUUUCCUCCAGUCGUCUCAACUCAGGAGUAUUAUAUUAUAGCGUAAAGCAUUGGGGGGUAUACACUGUCGUCAUGGCUGCUAUGUCUCAUUUGUUUGAAAGAGAGCUGGCAGAAUAUGUUAUAUGGUUUUCAACUUACAGUGGGUUGUGCAAGCGACGAAAGAAACGCGUCAUGGUGGUGACCUUCAUGUAAAAAAAAAAUAACACUAGAGCAGUGAUUACUAAGCCAUGCAGUGAUCAAGGUGGAUGAUGCUUUUCGACUUUCUCAGUUCCCAAAAGGGAAAGUGAGUUGUAGAUUGAAGAAUGGGUAUAGAUGGCCAUGGUAUUAGCUAAGGUUGGUGUUAAGAUCUGUGUAAUAUAUUAUUUCGAGGAAAUCCUGGCUGCUUUUUCUUGCCAUGAGAAGCUACCCAUCUCUUUGUAAAAAAAAACCGGUUUAUAUAGAAUUAAGGUAACUGGUGAAUUGAAUUUCGUUUUGUUUGUAAUGUGUUUGUUUGUUUGUUUAUUUUUUUCUUUAAUUUUUUUUCUUUUGGGGCAUUAUAGAAGAAUCCAAAAGUGGAAGUCCUGUUUCCUUCUGCGUGCAUACAUGCAAGAGUUUUCUCAGUUAAUUUCAGAUCUGACAUUCCAAUACUCAGAAUUGAAAUUCCUUACUAUAGGCACAAAGGUAUUGUCGUUAUUCUGCUGUAACUCUUCAUUUGCUACUUUACUAACCUAGCAAAAUCCCCAGUGUGUUUGGGUGUUAGGCGUCUCUGAUUGCUGAUAAUACGAUCUACUGGUUCAGAUCAAAUGUUACCAUGGUAAGUGGGUGUUACAGAUGAAUCUCUAGGAUAUUAUACCGAUAUUGCCUCGAACAUCCCGGGAAUUGCUGACACAGCCACAGCUGCGGAAUCCUCCAUCCAGCGUGAGGUCUAAGAAAGAGGUCUUGGAGAGCAAGCAGCCCUCACUCUUUUCAGAUGGGAUUCGAGCUUGUUACUAAUUGAUCUGAAUAUUUCAAAGUUAAGAUCAGCAUCCAAGCAGUUGAUUGCCAGUAAUUUUCAUACAUGUGAUUUGAUUGACUACUUAAAAGAGAUUUUUAUUUCGAUGUCAGUGAAGUUGCGUUUUAGUUGAUUAUCGUUGUUUGUUGUCUUUUUGUUUAAGCAAUCAGUCGUUGGUGGAUUGUGAUGGAAAUUGUAAUUUAGGUUUCUUUGCAUACGUCAGGCAAUUUCCGGUGGUCUCUGUCAUCUUGGAAGAGUUCUUUGUAUGAUUUGAUUUGUCUGACACAUGUAAAAAUUCAUACAUAAGUAUCAAAAUUUUAAAAAAGAGCAAUUUUUGUGAGUAAACCUAUGGCAGGGGAGAGAUUUUGUUUGUAUGAAAAGGAAGAGAAUUAAGUAUUGUGGGAAUGAAGUUAAUCUCCAAAAUUUGUAUAUCAUAACACGAUGAUACAAAUUUUAGUUAUGUAUAUAUAUAUCUUGUAUAUGUAUAUACAUCAAUUGGAUCUUGUCAAGAACUCCCAUACAUAAUUAAGAGUAAAUGUUAUCCUUUGGAUGCCUUAACUCCCGAGUGAUAGAUAAGUCUUUGUUGAUAUGUGAUAACUCUACUGGAGGGAGAACAUUAAGUUCAAUAUUUCUCGGAAAUGUUCUUAACUGUUCUUUUUGUUUAAUUUUCCUCUGUUGUUUGUCGAACCUUCAUGAAACCUUAGGAUUCAUUCAGCCUGGUAUUUUUCUGUGAAAAAAAGGAAGUGUAAUUUUUUUUAAACUACUGAUUAAGUUCCCUCUCCCUUCCCUUCCCUUGCCCCUCUGUAUGUCAUAAUCUUAGUAGUCACGUAGGUUGUUGGUAAAAUGUGCAACAUGUACUUCUACCGUAACAUUUUCCACUCAUUUCUGUAAUAAAAAAAAAAUCUCCCUCGGACUAACUUUACAUCUAGUCUCGUCUAUUCUCUGUUUCCUUCAGUUGUUUUUUCCCCCAACAUUCACUCCACUACAAGUUAAUCCUGAAAGAGGAAAUAAUCUCUAGUCCGUUCUAUUGUAGUUUUUUUUCUCUCUCUCUCUGCAUUAUCUCUUCUUAAUUCCUCACUUUUGUAAUGUUAUUUUUUAUUUCAUUCACUAUAUACUGGGUAUGGGGCCACCAGCCCUUUUUCAGUUUGUACAUAUAGGUUUUAACAGAAUACCUGAAUUUGGGUUGUGUUCCUCAUCGUUGCUAAACAAAACAAAACAAAACAAAAGCAAAAAAAAAGAUCUUCAAGUGGCUGUAUGAUUCGAGGUUCUUUCAUAUACCUGAACUAUUUUCCCCUUUUUGUGUCAAAGUUAUUUAUCGUAUAAUUUUUUUAUGGUUAAACUAUUUAUAGUAUGUGUUGUAAGUUAGACGAUAACAGAUGAUAAAAAGAGUUGGAAUGUGGGCUUGAACUGUUGUGAAAAAUAUUAUUAUUAUUAUUAUUAUUAUUAUUAUUAUUAUUAUUAUUAUUAUUAUUAUUAUUAUUAUUAUUAAAUGACAGACUAACGCUGUGAGGGAAAGGGAAUUGAAACCCCUUAUUUUUAAGUUAAAAAUGUUUUGUUUUUUUAAAGAAUUUUUUUGAAUUAUUUUUGGAGAAAAAUGUUUUCAUGUCAUACAGUUAUCUAAAGAUAUUUUUCAUCUGUCAAAAGUCCAGGUUGAAAUACAAGGAAAUGAGAAUACUUGAUGCCCAAGUGAAGAUUUAUUUUUGAGAUGCAAAAAAAUAAAAAAAUUAUAAAAAUUCUUGUUGAGGUGAUGGUGUGAUGAAAAUGGCGGUGAUGAACUAAAAGAUGAUGAUAACGCGAGAGAUGUUGGUAGAAGAAGAAAAUUGAUGUAAGAGAAAGAAACUGAGAAAGUGGAGGAGGAGGAGGAGGGGGAGAAGGAGAGAGAGAAUCUUGGAAGUGACCGUUCUCAUCAUGUCUGUAUAGAGCCAAUAAGACCCGUGUACAAAGGAAAUUGACUUUUGUUAUCGAUCAUUUUAUAGAUGCAAAUAAACAGGUGUAAAAAUUAGAAGGCAAA